UUAAAUCUCAACGUCUGCCUUAUGUAUAUGUUGCGCUGUUUACACAGCUGUAUUGACACGACACUUGCACAACCCUCACUAUCAAUCGACAAUGUCAACGUUAAUUGCAACCAUCUACCAAUUAUGGACACAUUAGCAUAACCUCGUAGUACCAAACGCGCAGGCAAAACGAUCGGUUUAGCAAUGGCACUGGCGCGUGCGCUGCUGCUGCUGGCCCUGGCUGUGCUGGUACCACUAGGAGUCGUGACCGGUAAUUUACACGCCGGGGACGCGGGGGACGGCGAUAACCACACGCACAUCUUGUCAAAGGAGCGCAAGUUCGCGCUGACAGAGAGUGCGCCCAUCCAGCUGCGCUGUUCCUCUGCCAAGGGCAGCUGGUGUGAAGGCUUUAUAUCGCAGACGCCUGUCACCUGGAAGACCGCGCCGCGCGGGUCGACCGAGUGCGAGGGCGGCUGCAACAACGUGGGGCGCUGCAACUACGACACCGGCUACUGUGACUGUGCGGCGGGGUGGACGGGGCCGGGGUGCAAGACGCGGCAGAAGCGGCCGUGCACAAACAAACAGAGCCACCCCAAUGACGGCGACUUUAUCCGCACCGAGCCGCUGUCGCACACGCUGCCGGACGGGCGCGACAAGGACUGGACCGUCAUGGACACCGUGUACUCGCGAUGCGGAGGCAUCUGCGAUGAGGACCUGGCCAUCUGCUACUGCGAUGGCCAGGGCCCGGACCAGUUCGGCCGCAUCCCGGCGCCGGAGGGCUCGCCGCCCGGCACGCCGCCCAUCCGGUGGGGCCGGCCGCUGGUGACGUUCCACAUGGCACCCAAGACCACGUGGGACGGCAAGCGCGCGUUCGGCGAGCAUGACUACAACCUAGUGUACGGCCCCAAGGGCUACUGCAACGUCAGCGAGCCGGACUGGGGGCCCAACUGCGGCAUGGACAUGUUCCUGGGGCCGAGGUGCGACAUCCCCAUUGAGCCCUUCUGCCCUGGCGCCUGCAGCGGCCACGGCACCUGCUACCUAGGCUACUGCAACUGUGAAGAGGGCUACUACGGCCACGACUGCGCGCGGCGCAAGGCCGGGAUGCCGCUGCUGCCCAGCCGUAUCCCCACCACACCCUGGCUGGCGUCAGUGGUGCGCGAGCCGCCGGCGGCACUGGAGCCGCCGCCCAGCGCCACCCGCCGCCGGCCGCUCAUCUACGUGUACGACCUGGAGCCGCUGUACCAGGCGCGGAUCCUGCAGUACAGGGUGUCUCCGCCCUGGUGUGUGUUCCGGCGCCACGAUCUACCCGCCAACCGCACCGAGUGGAGCGACAUGUGGGUGUACGCCGCAGACACGCUGCUGCACGAGCUGCUGCUGGUCAGCCCCCACCGCACCUUCGACCCCGAGGAGGCCGAUUUCUUCUACGUGCCCCAUCAGGCCUCCUGCCUGCCCUUCCCCAUCGGCAACUGGGCGGACUGGCCCUGGUUCAAGGGGCCCGGGGGUCCCCGCAUUCGCCAGAUGCUCAACAUGAUUAUGGAGACACGGGACUGGAUCGACCAGCACUACCCGUUCUGGAAGCGGCGGGGCGGGCGGGACCACAUCUGGACCUUCACGCACGAUGAGGGCGCCUGCUGGGCACCCAAUGUGCUCAACACGUCCAUCUGGCUCACGCACUGGGGCCGCAUGGACCCGGAUCACACGAGCAACACCGCCUUCGUGCCCGACCGCUACGACCGCGACUUCAAGAGCGCCUACCAGCCGGAGGGCUACCGAGUGCACAUGCAGGGACACCCCUGCUACCGGCCCGGACAGGACCUAGUCAUCCCAGCUUUCAAGCGUCCCGACCACUACCGUGCCAGUCCUCUAGCAGCCGCGACCUCCAAGCCUAGAGAUAUCUUCUUCUUUUUCCGAGGAGACGUGGGAAAACGCCGGUUACCAAACUACAGCCGAGGAAUCCGGCAGAAGGUGUACCAGCUGGCCAAGGAGGGCGGCUGGCGCGGGCAGCACCGCUUCCUGGUGGGCGACCCCGAGGAGCUGCCCGGCGACUACUCCGACAUGCUGUCCAGGUCGCUGUUCUGCCUGGUGGCCGCGGGUGACGGCUGGUCUGCUCGGCUGGAGGACGCCGUGCUCCACGGCUGCAUCCCGGUCAUCAUCAUCGACAAUGUCCAUGUCGUGUUUGAAAGCAUCCUGGACAUUGACUCCUUCUCGGUGCGCAUCGCCGAGGCGGACGUGGACCGCAUCCUGGAGAUCCUGCAGGCCAUCCCCGAGCGCAAGAUCCGCUUCAAGCAGGCGCACCUGGGCCACGUGUUCCACAGGUACCGCUAUGCCGCGCUGCCCGGCCUGGAGAACAACCUGCGGCAGCUGAUGAACACCAACGAGGCGGCGGCGUCGGCGCCGCCCAGUCCGCCCGCACAGCGGGGCGGAAUCAACUUCGUCACUGGCAGGGAGACGAGCAGCGCGGCCGCUCACCCUGGCUUUGACAUCCACCUGCCGCGCCCCUUCAAGGGUGACCCGACAGUGGAUGACGCGUUCGCCACCAUUAUGCAAUGGCUGCACUCGCGGAUACCCGACACGCGUGGCGAAGGCGGCGGGGCAGCUUCAGGUGCGGGGCGGUGACCUUGGUGGUGAGCGGUGACGGUCCGUGUUGGUUUGAGUAUAGCUGCUGGGCUCAAACCGUAGCGCUGCUUAGUGCUGCUAACUGUAGACGAAUUCAUCCAAUAUGCGUGGAGGACUGGAAGGGGCAUGGAACGUGGUCGGGCACCUGUUGUCAUGUGAUGGGCGAUACCGCGACAGCAGGAGGGAUCACGGCGGAAGGAGCUUGCAGGUUGCAAACUGAUAAUGUCAAUAGAGCAUUGCACGCCCCGGGUAGGCGGUCUCUCUUAAGCUCUGUCGGACGUCGGCGGGGCAUAGGCUCGAUUGAACACGGGUACGAGGAAGGGGAUGCUUGCGUGUCCUGGGCGUCACUGUGUCCGCGUGUAACGUUACAAAUGU